GUGUCGGUACUUUACUAGUGGAUUAAAAUGUGUGUUCGUUUAUCUAAAUAGAUCAUUUGGCCAUUUCAAAACUCAAAUGGGCAACAAAAAUGACAAUUAACAUAGGCAUAUUGUAAAGUUGAUUUAUGCAGGUAUGAAUAAGGUAACCAACCACAUCAUUACUAAUGUUGGAUUAUGAAAAGCAAACUAGUCUCACUUGUUGUCACCAUUAAAUUUGGAUUCAUAUCAGAAUAUUUCGAAAUUUUUACCUAGGCUUUGGAUUCGAGAUUUCUAGAGCUAGCUUAUAUUUUGUAUUAGUCAAUUGAUCUAAUAGUCCAAUGUGCCAAGGCUUGAGAUUGAGAUGUUGAAGCUGUUUCUUGCUCCAGUAAAGCUCAGACAUUUUGUCAAAUUCUGCAAUUCAGUUUUAAAGCUUCAAACGAAACUUCAGUUCAUCAAUCAAUCCAUAAAGCAUUAUUCUUUACUUCCCAGAGUAGAUUACACAUGUAACCAAGAUGUUUCCAGGUCAAAUAGGAUUAUUUCAAAGCUAAGCAAAGAGGGUCAGGUUGAUGAAGCAAGGAAGCUGUUUGAUAAAAUGUCUGAACCAGAUGUGGUGUCAUGGACAGCGAUGAUUUCAGGUUAUAUAAGAUGUGGGAAGAUUGAUAAAGCAAGGGAAUUAUUUGACAGGACUGAUGCAAAGAGAGAUGUUGUAACUUGGACAGCUAUGGUAGCUGCCUAUGCCAGGAUGAAUCGGAUUCUUGAGGCUGAGAUGCUUUUCAAUGAAAUGCCUGAGAAGAAUGUGGUUUCAUGGAAUAGUUUAAUUGAUGGGUAUGCAAGAAAUGGUAGAAUUGAUAAGGGUUUGGAAUUGUUCUGGAAGAUGGGGGAGAGAAAUGUGGUUUCUUGGAACAUGGUUAUAGCAGGAUUGGCUCAGAAUGGGCGAAUCAAUGAGGCAAGAGUGCUUUUUGAUCAGAUGCCUGAGAAGAAUGUGGUGUCUUGGACUACAAUGAUAGCAGGGUUGUCAAGGAAUGGGAGAGUCGAGGAGGCUAGAACACUUUUCGAUAGGACUCCUGAACGCAAUGUGGUUUCUUGGAAUGCAAUGAUUACUGGGUAUACACAAAACUCGAGACUUGAUGAAGCGUUUGAACUGUUUGAAAUUAUGCCAGAAAAGAUCGUCUCUUCGUGGAAUACUAUGAUCAUGGGAUUCAUCCAAAAUGGGGAACUCGGCAGAGCUAGAAUAUUGUUUGAUAAAAUGAGGCAGAGAGACGUGGUUUCUUGGUCAACAAUGAUUAAUGGCUACAUGCUAAAGGGAAGAAGUGAAGAAGCACUAAGAAAUUUCUGUGAAAUGCAAAUGGAUGUUUUGGUGAAACCAAAUGAAGGAACUUUUGUGAGUGUUUUGGGUGCUUGCAGUGACUUAGCCGGUCUUAGUGAGGGAAUGCAAAUUCACCAAGUAAUUAACAAAACAACAUAUCAGAUGAAUGAAGUUGUCAUAUCAGCACUUAUAAACAUGUAUUCAAAAUGUGGAGACGUAGCAACUGCAAGGAAAAUAUUUGAUGAUGGCCUGAGAGGCCAGAGAGAUCUGAUCUCUUGGAAUGUUAUGAUUGCAGCAUAUACUCACCAUGGUUUUGGAAGAGAUGCAAUCAAUCUUUUCAAAGAAAUGCUGCAACUGGGGUUCAAACCAAACGAUGUGACUUACGUGGGAUUGCUUGCUGCCUGCAGCCACUCAGGUUUGGUGGAGGAAGGGUUAAAGUACUUUGAUGAGCUUUGUAGAGACGAUUCCAUAAAAUUUAGAGAGGACCAUUAUACAUGCCUUGUAGAUCUCUGCGGCCGAGCUGGAAGACUCAAAGAUGCCUUGGUUGUUAUUGAACAGCUUCCAAGAACAGAAUCAGCGUUCAUUUGGGGAGCUCUUCUUUCAGGUUGUAAUCUUCAUGGAGAUUCAGAAACAGGAAAAUUGGCUGCAAUGAAACUAUUAGGGAUCGAAGCUAAAAGUUCGGGUACCUAUUUGUCGUUGUCAAAAUUGUGUGCUUCAAAUGGAAAGUGGAAAGAAGCUGCAAAGCUGAGGACACAAAUGAAGGACAUAGGAUUGAAGAAGCAACCAGGUUGUAGCUGGAUAGCAGUUGAGAACAGAGUUCAUGUAUUUUUAGUUGGUGAUACAUCUCAUUGUGAAACUGAGGUUAUUCACUCAUUACUUGGAAACCUUCAUAUGAAAAUGAAAAGGACUGGUUUGCUCACCAAUAGAUGAUUCUUCAGAGAGUAGUGAUGCCACCAAUGACAAGGAACAGAUCAUAAAAUAAUACUCCACAGCCACAUGCUAUUGAAUAUUAUGCUCAAAGAGCCACUAAGGGGGGCUUUAUCAUUUCUGAAUCAGCUAGUGCUUCGGACAUCUCCAAUGGGUCCCCAAAUAUGCCUGGAAUUUGGACUGAAGAUCAAGCAGAGGCAUGGAAGCCUAUUGUUGACUCUGUUCAUGGCAAAGGUGGUGUCUUUUUUGCCAGCUUUGGCAUCCAGGGAGACUAUCCGAUUCAACUCUCAACAAUUUCCUUAUAGCUUGGAAUGCAGUACCUGACGAUGGUGAGUACUUCAGACCAACACAAAAGCAACUUCAAGCUAAUGAACUCCCUCUCAUCAUCAACGAUUUUAGAAAUGCAGCCCACAAUGCCAUUGAAGCUGAUCUCAAAGGUUUAGCUCAAUUUUUCCAUCAACAUCCUGCAAACUCAUGGAUCAAAAUGCAGAUGUUCCUCCAAUCCCAAACCGGCAAGUCAUCGAUGCUAGUCAGCCACUGUACAUGCAUCCAUGAGAAAGUGCUGGGUCUGCUAUAAUUUCGAUGAUUUUUGACGGAACUGGUUAUAGAUCAUGGCGACGUGGAGUUCUUCGUGCAUUAUCUGUGAAAAACAAAGUAGGUUUUAUUAAUGGCAAAGUGCAGAAACCAAAUGUAAAUUCACCCACAUUUGCUCAAUGGGAACGUUGUGAUGAUAUGGUCACAUUAUGGAUCCUCAAUUCUCUAUCAAAGGAUUUAGCUGAUAGCCUGCAAUAUGUUAAUAAUGCAAUGAAAUUGUGGGAGGAACUGCAAGAUAGGUAUGAUCAGACAAACGGUGCGAAACUCUAUCAACUUCAACAAGAAAUUAAUGAUCUCGCCCAAGGAAAUUUGGACAUUAUAGGGUACUAUUCCAUGCUUCGAAGACUCUGGGAAGAGCUUAAUACUCUGGAUCCUAAUACUCAAUGUACUUGCUUGUGCAAUUGUGGUGGUAAGACCAAAAUGCACAAGGCGGAGCAGGAUAGGAAGCUUAUCCAGUUUUUAAUGGGGCUUAACGAGGUCUAUACUAUCGUUAGAGGGAGUAUUCUAAUGAUGAACCCACUGCCAACUAUGUCACAAGCCUUCUCUAUUUUAGUCCAAGAGGAGAAGCAAUGAGAAGUCAGACCAUCAAGGAGUGGCCUUUACUUCUUCUGCUCAAGGUGUCCUAAUUCUGUCUGCUCAAGGUGUCCUAAUUCUGUCACCUCAUUUACACCAUUAUCUCAUUGUCCUUUUUCACAUGCCUCUAAUGUUCAUUGUUCUUCUUCACAUGCUCCUAGUGAACAAGCUUUACAUCAUAUUUCCUCAUCUGUCAUUUCAAGAAAUAAAACAGCUUGUUGUAACAUGAAUUCAUCUGUUACUUCUACUAAUUGUUCUGAA